AGUUGAACUUCCGCAGGCAAAGUUCCACCUUAUGACGUCCUCUAUAUUUGACCAUUUGACAUGGAAGCAGAAAUGCAGAUUUAGUCAACCUCCUGCACUCACCUCCCUCACCGCCCUCCUCCCUGAUAAAAGAAACCCAAACACAAAACCAUAACAAUCAAUUAAAGGCAAAAAAGGGAAUAUAAAUUAUGACCACAAGAAUGAAAGCAGAAAGCCUAACAUUAGUGCUAGUAAAUUUAGCUGGAAUAAUGGAGAAAGCAGACGAGUCAAUUUUACCUGGAGUUUACAAAGAAGUUGGUGAAGCACUUCACGCUGAUCCCACUAAACUAGGCUCUCUUACUCUCCUUCGAUCCAUUGUUCAAUCCGCGUGUUAUCCACUUGCUGUUUAUCUCUCUGCUCGCCAUAAUCGGGCCCAUGUCAUUUCUCUUGGUGCUUUUCUCUGGGCUGCCGCCACUUUUCUCGUUGGGAGUUCGUCUACCUUCUUUCAGGUGGCAGUUUCAAGAGCUCUAAAUGGGAUAGGGCUUGCAAUUGUUGCUCCUGCUAUUCAGUCCCUUGUAGCUGACUCAACAGAUGACAGCAAUCGAGGAACAGCAUUUGGGUGGCUGCAGCUGACGGCCAAUCUUGGCUCAAUUGUGGGUGGGCUGUGUUCAGUUUUAAUUGCUCCAAUGACAAUAAUGGGGAUCCCAGGGUGGAGAAUAUCUUUCCAUAUUGUUGGAAUUAUCAGUGUGAUUGUGGGUAUUUUAGUCCGUUUAUAUGCCAAAGAUCCACAUUUUUCUGAUGAGAGUACUACAGUAGUGAGUACCAAUAAAUCAUUCUUGUCACAAGUCAAAGAAUUAGUAUACGAAGCAAAAUCAGUUGUAAAAAUACCAUCUUUCCAGAUUAUUGUGGCCCAGGGUGUCAUGGGUUCCUUCCCUUGGUCAGCUUUGUCAUUUGCAGCCAUGUGGUUGGAACUCACUGGUUUUUCUCACACAAAGACAGCAUUCCUUAUUGGGCUAUUUACUGUUGCUAGUUCACUUGGGGGCCUGUUUGGUGGUUGGCUAGGUGAUAAAUUUUCAAGGCGUUUACCAAAUGCAGGUAGGAUAAUACUAGCACAGAUAAGCUCUGGGUCAGCAAUCCCUCUAACGGGUCUGCUUCUGUUGGGUUUACCUGAUGACCCUUCUACUGCUAUGAUGCAUGGUUUACUCAUGUUCGUCACAGGGUUUUUCAUAUCCUGGAAUGCUCCUGCUACCAACAAUCCAAUUUUUGCAGAAAUCGUUCCUGAAAAAUCAAGAACAAGUAUCUAUGCAUUGGAUCGAUCAUUCGAGUCAAUACUUUCAUCCUUUGCGCCGCCUGUUGUUGGCAUAUUAGCUCAGCAUGUUUAUGGUUACAAGCCUGUUUCUAAAGGAUCCAGUAUCACAGAAGAAAUCGCAACAGAUCGAGCAAAUGCUGCAUCAUUAGCCAAAGCUCUUUAUGUUGCAAUUGCGAUUCCUAUAGCCUUGUGCUGCAUUAUCUACUCAUUCUUAUAUAGCACUUACCCGAGAGAUAAGGAGCGGGCCCAGAUGCAGGCAUUAGUAGAGGCUGAGAUGCAGCAACUGGAGGCUGACAACUUAUUUGAAGGGCAAUACUCUUUGGCCGAGAUAUCAAAAUCAGAAGAGCUGCUUUAUCCCGAGGAUGGAAACAUUGAGAUGGAUUACAAACUAGAAGAUGAUGACAAUGAUGAUGACAAGAUGUUGCUCCAUCAUCAAACAUAGGAGUAAGAUGAUGAUGUAUUCAUAUAGUUACAAGUAUUUGGGAGUUUAACAGAUAUUUAUAGAGCUAGUAGUCUAAGCAGAAUUUUUUACACGGAAGAUUUAAGGGAAAAUUCUCACGAAAUGUCAUGUGUACAUAAUAGGAUUUUGUACUUGUUCUGCUAUCAUUGUACAGAAUAGGAUUUGUAAUGGUAUUGAAGAAAUAGCGUUGUAUAAUGUCCUUUUUAAUGAAAUUAGUAAUGUCAUUAGAUCU